UCAUCCGUUUCCUUCUGCUCCCCUCCACUCCUCGACGCGGCGGCGGCGGCGGCGGCGUCUCACCUCCACCCCACUCCCUCCCGCAAUGGCGAUGGCCUCCGCGCACGCGCCGAGCGGCGCCGGGAGCCUGGCGCCGCGCGGGGCGCCGAGGCUGCGCGCGCCGGCCGGGCUGGGCUACCUCGGCCUCGGCCCCUCCAGGCCGGCCCUCCGCCCCGUCGCCCUCGCGAGGCGCGCCGCCCCCUCGGGCGCGCGGUCCCCGCUGCUCAGGUGCGCCGCGGCCUCCUCGCCCCCGGUCGCGCGGCCCGCCUCGGCGCCGCGCUUCAUCCAGCACAAGAAGGAGGCCUUCUGGUUCUACCGCUUCCUCUCCAUCGUCUACGACCACGUCAUCAACCCGGGCCACUGGACCGAGGACAUGCGCGACGACGCGCUCGAGCCCGCCGACCUCCACAGCCGCAAGCUCAAGGUCGUCGACGUCGGCGGCGGCACCGGCUUCACCACGCUCGGCAUCGUCAGGCACGUCGACCCCGCCAACGUCACGCUGCUCGACCAGUCGCCCCACCAGCUCGACAAGGCCAGGCAGAAGGAGGCGCUCAAGGGGGUCCAGAUCAUGGAGGGCGACGCCGAGGACCUCCCCUUCCCCACUGACACCUUCGACCGAUACGUCUCCGCCGGCAGCAUUGAGUACUGGCCUGACCCGCAGCGAGGAAUCAAGGAGGCCUACAGGGUCCUCAGGCUCGGCGGGAAAGCUUGUUUGAUCGGCCCUGUGCAUCCAACCUUUUGGCUGUCUCGCUUUUUCGCUGAUAUGUGGAUGCUGUUCCCCACUGAAGAGGAGUACAUCGAAUGGUUCACAAAGGCAGGGUUCAAGGAUGUUCAGCUGAAGAGGAUUGGACCAAAAUGGUACCGUGGUGUCCGUAGGCAUGGCCUGAUCAUGGGGUGCUCUGUGACGGGCGUCAAGAGAGAAAGCGGGGACUCCCCUUUACAGCUUGGUCCGAAGGCUGAAGACGUCAGCAAGCCCGUGAAUCCUAUCACCUUUUUCUUCCGCUUCCUCAUGGGAACAAUAUGUGCCGCGUACUAUGUUCUGGUGCCUAUUUACAUGUGGAUAAAGGACCAGAUUGUGCCCAAAGGCAUGCCGAUCUAAGGGAGGGGAAUUGAGCUGCAGCGAAGAGAGGAUAGCCAAUAUCUGAAUUAGGCUUCUCUAUAUUAGGCACUUCACAUCUGUUUUUGUUUACCUUUUAUAUUUCCUGUUGUCGUGUAUUUACUUUACUUUGGGUCUUGUUAUGUGGAGAAAUAAUAUUUAUGACUUGGAUUAAACGCGUCAGAGCUCUUGAGCGUGAAAUGGCUCAUUUGUAGCAGGUCAUUGUUUCACAAAUAGAAUGUAUCUGUAAUAUUUCUCCACCGUAUGCUGACUUGCUAAGUGGUAGACAAAAAUGAUACAUAAGCUGAAUUCCUAUUUA